UCGAUAUUCACAAAGGAUAUGGAAAGAAAAUGUAUAAAAAUUUUGCUGCUUAAGAAAAAUCUUUCCAUUUAAUAAGUAAAAUAAGAAUGUUUUUCAAUUCUUAAAUCAAUUUGAAACAAUAAAAAGUGCAAACAAAAAAAACCUUAUAAUGGAUUUCCCACAACAAAUCGAAGUUUUGUUACAUCCAAUAAUUCCCAUAAUAAACAAUAAUUAGUGACAUACUCAAAAUUAAAGAAAAUAAAACAUAAACAAACAAAACAAAAUAAGAAAAUACUCACUUCUCUUCGAUUCACUUAGAAACUCUCGCCGAGACGCCCAUGACCUAUGAUGUAGUCAUGGAAUCUCUUUUCGAACGCAAACACACCAAACUGGACAGUACAUUGUCAUCAACAACAGCAUUAUCAUCGGCUGAUUUGAAAAUGUCAUCCAGUUUGGGUAGUAACUUAGAAGAUACCACACCUAGUGACUCUGGAGUACAGACACUAGACUCUGAAUCAAGUAGUGAACUUAUGAUCGAUUCAAUAACCUCACAAACUGGGUUUGAUUUUGAAGAUUUGAAACCACUUGUUGAAUCUGAGCUGCAUUCAAAUCAAUUGCCGGAUCUAGUUCCGAAUCAGCUUAAAGCUGGACAAAUCAUUCGUAGUGAUAUGGAAAAUUCAAAUGUGUCAGUUUUGAAUGGCGAUGAUGUUAUGACUACAAGUAAUUGCUCUACAUUUGAUGGGGAAAAUAUAGUCUAUCGUCGACGAAUCAGAAAGCCUCAUACAACAACAAAAACGCCCAAAAAGAGGGUCUCAUUUCAUGAAGAUAUCUUAAAGAAUACUCGUACAGAUAAUAUUCACAUUGAGCACGGUUUUGUUACAUACAAAAACGGAAGAAAGGCUGCUGCAGCUUCUUCAAUGGCCGGUCGUUACUCAUGGUGCUCAGAAGGUGACGCUGGUGGCUCAGAACUAUGCAAUCAGGAGCCCGAUGACCCUGAACGUCGAGUUGUUUACCGAAAUGCUUGCUCAGAUGUUCUCGAUUAUGGAAACUCAGAUAUUUAUGAGAACAAUGACAGCAACUAUUUAAAGUACGAUAACUCCGGUGUCUUUGAGUAUCAUCCCCAGCAUGCUCAAAAACAAAAACAUAAACAACCCGAACAGGCAGCAGCCAUUGGCAAGAAUGAUGUAAAACUGUAUAAAUGCUCCUGUUCAAGUUCCAACUCCAGCUUGGAUUCUGAUGAAAUGGAUAAGAACUCAAACAGCCGAUCCAACUAUGCUCAGGCAAAAUCUAACUCAUGUGAUUGCAUUGGUAUGAAUCACACCAACAACAACUUUAUAAAUGACAAUUGCUAUUUUUCCGAACCAAAUAUUGAUAAUUUGAAUGAGGGUAAAUCUGUUUGGAAUAAGGAGAAAAGACCAAAGACUAGUUGCUUAAAGAAAACCAAGCGUCAUACUAACAUCAUUCACGAGCAGGAUCUCAAUACAAAAGUUAAGAAAUUUAACGUACACGACAUGAACAAUCUUAUUGAUAAUAGCAAAAUGAUAUUUGGCUCUUUGAAGAGCAUUUUUGCUAUUCCUCUGCCAGAGCGCGGGGUUCCAGAGGGUUCUGAAGAUUUGCAAUCAGUUUACGAGUGUAUUCCUGAAGCUGAUGGAUUGGUAAGGAGUUUCUCGCCCAUUCGAGCAAAACCAUUUUUAAGUAAGAGUCUUGAUGGAUCGAAGGACAAAAAUAAGUCAAAAUUCGUGCACAAUGUUGAUCAGCAAUUGCGUCGCAAAAACGAAGAAGAUAUGUUUGCACCAACUCGACAGAAUAGUGCCGAUGAUAAGCCGGCAAAUAAUGAUGACGAAUCAAACGACGAGCUAGAGCAAAAGAUUCAAGACACCCCAGAGACACAAGCUGUUGGCGGAAUGACCCAGUUUCGUAACAAAUUCAUUAUUAAUUGCGAAAGUACUGUAUUCGAGCACACAGGAGUGUCUUAUACUUUCGAAUCGUACGGUUUGGAUGGUGAUGGUAGUCAAACUGAUGCUGCAAAUUCAGUUGCUCAGAGCACUCCUUUAGCACAAUCAGAUCAAGAAAAAGGCGCCUUUAUGUCGGUGCCAAAUGUUAAACAAACAUUUGCUAACAUAUUUCGAACUUUGAAAGAGACAGCUACUUCUCCAACUGCAAAGAAAGAAGAUUUUGCUAGUGCAAUUGUUGGAAGCGCAGGAGCAGUUAAAGAUCAAGAACCGGUUUUGGUGAAUCCUAAAUCAGCAGUUACAACAACUCCCAGUGAACCAUCUGACACGAAAUCAAUGUGCUCUGAUAUGACAUCAUCAACUUCAUCUUGGCAAAAAUCUGGACGCUUGUCACCAGUUACUAGUGCUUCUAGUAACAAGAAUGAAGUGCGAAGCAGUGUGGAAAAGCAGAACCGACAUUUACCUUCGCCUAUGAAAAAACGAGCGGGUGGAGCAUGUGCUCUCACUACAGUACCCGCCCGUUUUGAACAUCCAAACCGAAUGAGCCCAGAUUUAUUUAAUCUGUAUUCAGGAAGUCGUGGUGGUUGUGGACGUGAUUCAAAAAGCACAAUUCUGAGUGAAGAAUUCGACGAUAUAUUAACCAUAACUACAGACACGGAUAAGAAUGAAAGUGAUAUAGUAAUUGUUGACUAUCCAGAGGCUUCAACGAGUGACUAUACGCCACCAAAUAUUCAAAACAACAAUCUACUUAAACCUCAAACCAAAACCAGUCUAAUCAAUCGAUUUUUGAGGAAUGUUACUCAAAAGAAAAUAAUUGAAACAACUAUAAGAAAGAAUAAUUUCUUUGCUGGCAAAAUUAAGAAUGAGCAAAAACUUUUUUCGGGAAAUCUAUACGUGAAGGGUGUCAAGCCUAAGAAUAUCGAUUUGAUUGAGGAUUUAAAUGCAGAAAUUGCUAUGGAAAUUGAAAUGUCUGCUGCGAAUUCACCACGUCGUGAAUUAGUUGGCAUGGAAGCUGGUCUCCCAGGCGAUAUUUCUCGUUUUGAAUUGGGAAUAGGUGAAAUUUCUAUUGAUAUAUUCAAUGGAAAUUAUUUACAUAUUCUUAGAAAUGAUAGAGAGAUUUUAAUGAAAGUAUUCAAGUUGUACACUGGUUAUAGUAGGGAAGGAUUUAUGACUCCAGUAUUGGUAUUUCUGACUGAUAAGACUUUGUAUGUAGCCGACUUAGUGCGGAAUAGAUUGUGCAGCAAAUUUGUAUUGCCCUAUUCCGAGUUGGAUGUUAUAUUGAUGGGUCCGUAUGGAAACACAGUGUUGUUGAGUAAUUGUGAUCGUGACAUGCAACAAGUUCUUUUGGCCGGUGGGCCAUAUCCUGCGGAUGGUUUAGUAGCAAAUUUAGAGCUAUGUGCUCGUCGUGGUGGAUCUAUUCUUCCAGCUGUUGGGCAGCUUACCCUGCAGCAUUUAUCGCCUCUUCAAGCAUUUGUCCGUGAAAAUUCUUCUGUUACCAAGGAUGAUAUUUGGAUGUAUUACGCAGUUAUUAACAUCCCAGCUGGUACAUUAGGCAUUGAAGAGGAACCUCUAGGACCGCAUGUAAAAGGAUUCCUCAUGCAUAGGCGCAUAAGAGAACAUGCCGUGAAUGCUAGAGAAUCAUGGCAUCCUGGAUAUUUCUUACUCAAGGCUGGAGUUUUGUACAUGUUCCACGAUUCUACUCAAAAACUACCAACAUGGGCUAUGGCUUUAGCAGAAUGUCAAGGAGCUAGACGUUCUCUCAAAGCUGGGCGUCCGCAUUGCUUUGAAAUUUUACUUCGAAAUCAGUUGCUGCAAUUGGCUGCUCCUGAUGAGUAUGUAGCAUCCGAAUGGCUUCAAGCUCUACUGCAAUCGGCCAGUGGGGUGGGUCUCUUUGAAAUGCAAGAAAAACACAAAACACUCGGUUGUUCGUUGAUCGUGACACAAAAUCACUUGAUUACUCUACGUGAAGAUUUCUCAGCACCUUUAAGACAGAUGAACAAGAGUCCCAAUAAGAGUAGCACAUUGCAAGAUAGAAAGUCUUCACCGCUCAAAGAAGUUUUUGAAGCAAAUGUUAAUGACACAAGUAGUGUUAUAAGUUCUGCUAUGAGUACACCAACCAGAAAUACAGGUCGCUCAAAUUCUUCACUUAAUUCGACUCCAACUCGGUUGUCACAAACAUCACAAUCUACAAUCACAACAUCAACAAAUUCAAAACAUCAUAGACCAAGUUUGGAAGAAACUAGUUCAACAAAUAUGAGCAGUGUUUAUGGAAAGAACUCUGGAAUUGAAAUACUAACUUGUGCUGAUAUUAAAGAAAUGACUGGUAUUAAGAUUCCAUCGCAUAAUGAUACCUGGUGGUGUGUGUUGGAAUUUUCUUGUCAAGAAGUUCGUGAGAGUUCAGAUGAUUUAGUUAUAUUUUUUGCUAGUAGUUCAGAAAUGCAAAGAUUUUUACGGAUGUUGGAACAUUUGUGGCAGGCUAAAAAUAAUGAUCUAUUCCCCAUAACGGUGCUGGACGAAGACGAUAGCGUAUCCGAGCAGUGUACUGCGCUAUAUAUGGAUAUUCAACGUUCAUGGGAACCUCUUCUAUCUGCAGCCCUUGGCUAUCCGUUGUAAGAAAACAAAAUGUACGCAUAAGUGCUAAAUAUUAAUGAUUGGUGGCUAUUUUUCCAUAUUUUUGCUACAGAAGCACAUACAUAUAUAAAUUUAAUAAUGAUCUAGACUAGAAUUAUUCUUCUCUCUAAAAAAACAAAACUAUGAUACAUAUAUAAAACUAUUAUGUAAUAUUUAAUUAUUAUUAUCUAUUGGACUUCAAUAGCGAGCAAUUUUUUUUUUUAUAUUUUUUUCAACGAGGUAAAUAACAUUUGCCUUAGUUGAUAUUUUUGUGAUAUUUACUUUCCUAGAUUUUAUUUUUUCCGCUCUCUAUUGUUUAUAUAACAACAAAAUUGUGAUUAUAAAUAUUAUUUACUAUUUAGUAGAAGAAAAGAAAAAAAAAAUACUUUCCAACAUGUCUGGUACAUUUUUAUUGAAAGUUAAAUUAUUUUUUUUUUAAGAUAAUAAUUUUAUUUAAUUUUUUUAUUUAUGAAACAAAAUGAUUAAUUUCAAUAUAAAACAAAAUAUAUAUUGUAAUAGUUUUGAUGGUUUAUUUAUUUACUAUUGAAUGGAAAUGAAAAGUUUCAUCUAAGCGUGUAUUUAAAGGUGUUUUGUAUGGCAGUAUUUUUUUUUUUGCGUAAAAUUAAGUUUAACAUUUACAUAGGUGAUUGUAAUUAAUUUCAUUUUAACAUUCCUUUUAUGUUUUAACAAUUUAUUAAAACACGUUUGUACAAAAAGCACAAACCAUUCUAUUUAUGUUAUAUAUGUUCUAAUUUUUUUAUGUACAUUUUAUCAUGUUUAUAAUUAUAACAUUUUGUAUAGAUUUUUAAGAAUGUGCAAAAUUAAAGAAAUAACAAAUAUUAAAAAAAAAAAAUAGAAACAGAAAACAUAUAAGUGUAAUGGACUUGAAAA